AUGCCGACUCUGCAGAGCUCCGCUGUCCUGCUGCUUCUUAGCUUCUUCAUCGGUCUGUGCUUGUCUCUGAACCCGAGAGACCCCAAUGUGUGCAGCGUGUGGGAGAGCUUCACCACCUCAGUGAAAGAGUCCUACUCUCAUCCAUAUGACUCAGUGACAAAGGAGCCUUGUGCAGACCCUCGGACCUCCUAUAGAUGCACACGCCACAGGAUCACCUACAAGACAGCUUACAGACAAGCAGUGAAGACAGACUACCGCAAGAGAUACCAGUGCUGUCCAGGCUAUUACGAGAGCAGAGACAAAUGUGUCCCUCGCUGCACCAAGGAGUGUGUUCAUGGCCGGUGUGUCGCUCCAGACCGUUGCCAGUGUGAGGGAGGCUGGCGAGGAAGCGACUGUUCCAGCGCCUGUAAUGACAAACAGUGGGGUCCGGGCUGCAGUCAGCAAUGCAAGUGUGAGAACGGAGCUCUCUGCGAUCCCGUCAAGGGGGCGUGUCAGUGUUCUCCGGGGUACAUAGGGCGCUACUGUGAAGAGUCUUGUCCAGCUGGCACCUUUGGGAAGGGCUGCCUGCAGAGGUGCAAGUGUGGGACUGGAGGAUCCUGUGAUAAAGCAACAGGAGAGUGCAUGUGUCGGGACGGAUUCACUGGGACUUUCUGUGAGAAGGUGUGUCCCAGGAAAUGCCAGGCACGAUGCCCCUGCCAGAACGGUGGUAUCUGUAAGGGCAAAGGGAUCUGCGCUUGUCCCCCUGGAUGGACGGGUGAAGUUUGCACAGACCGUUGUCCAGAGGGAAGAUUUGGAUCAAACUGUGCUGAGGAGUGUGUUUGCCACAACAGGGGAAAAUGUGACCCUCAAAAUGGACAGUGCCAAUGUGCCAAAGGUUUCACUGGUACAAGGUGUAAUGAGGAGUGUGCUGUAGGCUCGUACGGUCAGGACUGUAAAGGUGUGUGUGACUGUGCUAACGGCGCUCGCUGCUACAACAUUGAUGGAGGCUGCCUAUGUGAGCCGGGCUUCAGUGGUCCACAGUGCAGAGACAGGAUGUGCGCUCACGGCAAAUACGGCAUGCACUGUGAGCGCACGUGUCUCUGCCAAGACAAACACACUCUCAGCUGCCACCCAAUGAAAGGAGAGUGCACAUGCCAGCCAGGGUGGGCUGGACUGUACUGUAAUGAGACCUGCGCUCAUGGUUUCUACGGUCAUGGUUGCCUGGAGCCGUGUUUGUGUGUAAAUGGAGGGGUGUGUGACGGCGCCACUGGCCAGUGCCAUUGUGCCCCCGGGUUUACGGGGGUUCACUGCGAGAGUCCAUGCAAAAGUGGCACCUACGGCAAGAACUGCUCCCUUGAAUGCUCCUGUGACAACUUCGUUGACUGCUCACCGAUCGACGGGACGUGUUUCUGCAAAGAGGGCUGGCGAGGGCCGGACUGUUCGGCCCCCUGUGCUGAGGGAACCUGGGGCCCAGGAUGCAACGCCACCUGCCACUGUGCCAACGGGGCAAAAUGUAACCCUGCAGAUGGAUCCUGCACGUGUACAGCCGGCUGGCAGGGGGUACGGUGUGACCAAUCAUGCCCAAUGGGCACGUUUGGGCCAGGCUGCCUGAAGAGGUGUGAUUGUGUUCAUGCCGAUGGCUGCCAAGCUACCACUGGGGAGUGCCACUGUCUGCCAGGCUGGUCGGGUCCUCGCUGCAGUGAGCCAUGCUCAGAGGGUCUGUGGGGGCGCCACUGUAACCAGACCUGUUUCAAGCAUUGCCCCAACAGUGAUACGUGCUUGAGGGAAAGCGGAGCAUGUGUGUGUCGUCCGGGCUUCUGGGGAGUUACCUGUCAGAACAAAUGCAGAGUGGGAAUGUAUGGUGACCAGUGCAGUAUGUCCUGCCCGUCCUGCAGCCAGUCGUACCGAUGCCACCAUGUGACAGGAGAGUGUGAUUGCCUUCCUGGACACACCGGACCCAACUGUGAUCAAGUUUGUCCAGCUGGCUAUUAUGGCAAGCAUUGCUCUGAAGUGUGUGUCAACUGUGCCAACAACUCCACAUGCGACCACCGAGAUGGUCACUGUGAAUGUUUGCCCGGCUGGACGGCUACUGACUGCUCAAUACCAUGUAGCCCAGGACGUUUCGGUGCAUUCUGUAGUCAGACCUGCUCUUGUCCAACCAACUCCAUCUGUGACCGGUUUACUGGGGAAUGUUUGUGUGAAACUGGAGAUGACUGUAAACAAGACUCGUCAGAGCCGUCAGGCAGCGUAAUGGUUCCUCUUCCCCCUGGUGAGAGGGAGUCAUGGGGGGCCAUUGGUGGCAUUGUUGUGCUAGUAAUCCUGGUGGUCCUGCUGCUGGCUCUCCUGCUGCUCUACCGCCGCAGGCAGAAGGACAAGCAGAACAACACACCAACUGUCUCUUUCUCCACCAGCCGCACGGUCAAUUCUGAAUACGCCGUCCCAGAUGUUCCUCACAGUUACCACCAUUACUACUCCAACCCCAGCUACCACACACUGAGCCAGAACAGACCUCCACUGCCACACCUGCCCAACAACCAUGAUCGCACCAUCAAGAACACCAACAACCAGCUGUUCUGUAGUGUGAAAAACAUGGAGCGGGAAAGACGGGGCCUGUUUGGGGUUGAGAGCAACGCGACUCUGCCUGCAGACUGGAAACACCACGAGCCCCGCAAAGACUCAGGAGCUUUUGGAAUAGAUCGGAGCUACAGCUACAGUGCCUGCCUCGGAAAGUAUUACAAUAAAGAGCUUAAGGACACGGUGGCAGUUAGCAGCAGCUCUCUGAACAGCGAGAAUCCUUACGCUACCAUCAAGGACCUGCCCGGCCUGCCUUUCUGCCCCCCAGAAAGCAGCUACAUGGAGAUGAAGUCGGCAGUGCCCAGAGAGAGAGCGUACACCGAGAUCAGCCCUCCGCCAUUCAACACAGCUACCUUACGCAGAGAGCGUCAGAGUUCCCUCGGACACGCUCCUCAUGAAGAUCCCCAGAGCCACUACGACCUCCCUGUUAAUAGUCACAUCCCUGGACACUACGACCUGCCACCGGUCCGCAGACCCCCUUCCCCUAGGAGAACAUCUCAGUGACAGGUCACAUCAGCAGAACAAGUUUACCCCGCUCCUCACUUCACUUUGAGGAUGAUUUCAGGCCUGUGCUCGCAAAGAAAAGAGCAAACUUUAUGCUCUGCUUUGACAGUCAGAGCUCGGACCACCCACACGGCAGCAGAGCCGUCUGUCCCACUGAGGAACUAUUGUUUGCUGUGGAUGCCCCCCUUUCCAACUCAACACCGCCCCUCUGUGGGCCAAAGUGGUACUUAUCUCACCGUGACAGACUUGUCAUCCAGACUGGGGAGCCAGCGAGCUGCAUUGAGGAAGGCUGGACUGUGGCGACGCCAGUGGGGCUUUUGCUGCAUUUACCUCCCAUGGGAAAAAUACGCCAUAAAGACUUUGCGGUUUAAGGGAGCAGCUUGGGAACGUUUGUGUUUGAACUCAUCUAAACAUGCUGUAAUUGUAGUUUUCCACACAUUUUGCUUGCUACUGAUCAGCUGUUGUGCAUGUUUAAAGGACCCUUUUUUAUCAGAUUUUCAAAGUUAUUUC